GAUAGCACAGCAGACUACAAAAUAGAGAUGGACAUCACCAACAAGAAGAAGUUCCAAGUGAAAUCAGUGAUGAAGAAGUUACGCAAGAAACUAGUCAAUACCACCGAGUUAGUGGACGUAAAGCUCGAAUUUAAUGACACGUACGAAGGUGCAGCAUUUCCAGCAGAGAUGACUCCGGAGAUGCCCGUGAAUAUCUAUCGUACAGGCCUUUGCAGAACCUUGGGAUGGGAGUACGUUGGACGAAGGCGCAUGGAAUUGGGACCCGAUGCGUUCUUGUAUCAUUUGACGAACAAGACGUUUGGAGAACAACACGGUUUACCAAUAGCAUUAACAAAAUCACAUUUAUUGGAUGUAGAUCCUGAAUUCCAGAAACGUGUCGAAGGAUUAAACCCUGACAGGGAGAAACACGACAGCUAUAUCCUGAUAGAACCUCGAAUCGGGUUGACAGUGGAAACCUCCCUAUCCAUCCAACUAAACCUGCUGCUAGGUGACCUACGGUACAUGUCUGACCUCGCCAAGUUCUCAGACAUGCUGCUGCCGCAAGUGAGUUUAAAAUUGACGCUCCCUGAACUGCCAGCAGCUACAAAAAACUCCCUAACUCUGCUAUACGUGACGGGACCUCAGAUAUUAUUAGGUUUAGAAAUAGCAUCGGCCCUGCUCGGCCUCGCCCUCCUAGUGUACUCACUGGCACUCCUGAGACGCGACUGGAGUAGACGGAGAGAUCCCGCGAGGAAUUUCGAUGAUAGACUGAAGGGCAAGGCGAGCGCGGAGUUACCGCUUAUUAGUUGACAUACGACUGGUGAUAUUAAAUAAAUUUUAGGUUUA